AUGACGCGCAUUCCAACCAUCAAUCUCGCGCGCGACGGCUCCGCGCGCGGUUUGACGGACGCGUUCGCGUCGGACGAUUUCGCUCGACGCGGAUUCGCGUUCGUCGCGCACGAGGGCGCGCUGCCCGAGCCGGAGAUCGUUCGAAAGUGUUUCGCGGAGAGCAGGACGUUCUUCGACUCGAGCGACGAGACGAGGAAGCGCGCGCUGACGGGCGACGCGCCGGGGAUCGGGUACACCGCGUUCGCGUCCGAAAAGUUAGACCCGUCGAGUUCGAGCGUCGGCGACAGUAAGGAGGGGUUUUACGUCGUGCGGGAACGCGCGAAGAAUCGAUGGCCCAGCGCGGCGUUCGAAGACGCGGCGACGACGUAUUACGAAUCGAUGUACGCGCUCGGGAAACGGCUGUUGCCCGCGUUGGCGCGCGCGUGCGGCGUGAACGACGCGUACUUUGACGCGCAUUGGUCGGCGUCGUCGCAUAAUUGCGUGCUGAGGUUUUUAAAGUACUCGGCGUCGAGGAGCGACGAAGGCGAAGGCCAAUUCGCCUGCGGCGCGCACACGGAUUACGGCGCCUUGACGAUUUUGGCGGUGGAGAACGACGGCUCGACGGGGUUGGAGAUUUACGACCGAGAGACAGAGACGUGGGUGCCGGUGACGCCGCCUCCGGAUCAUUUCGUGUUGAACGUCGGGGACUUGCUGGAGAGAUGGUCCAACGGACGGUUCGCUUCCACGCGACACCGCGUGAUGACGACGGGCGAGCGCGAACGGUUUUCGAUACCGUUUUUCUUCGAGCCGAGUUACGACGCCGUGAUUGAACCGGUGUGUGUGGGUGACGGCGAGGCGGCGAAAUACGCGCCGAUUCGCUUCGGCGAUUACUUGCAGGAAAAGUACGCGCAGACGUACGAGUAA